UAUCAUACAUGAAUAAAAGGAUUCUAGCUUUCACUGAUAGCUGUACUGUUUAAGCAUUGGUUAAUAACAUACAACAGGAUUGCAAUAUUAGUCAAGAUGCGGGUUUGGUUUGGUUUGGCAACAGUUGCUUUGAUUCUGAUAUGUAAGAAGCCGUUACAUGCAGAGGAAAUAUGCUGUGCACCUGAUCAGUUCGAAGGAACUGCUUUCGUAGGAUAUGGGAACGUGUUUAUCGAUAGAAAAGCAGGAGCAAGUCAAAAGUCUCCCCGAACAGCUUACUCUUACAUCAAUGGGACAGUGGCGCUCUCAUACGACUACACCAACAGACGUCUUCUCUUAAAACUAGCGGGAACAGAGGUAUCCCCACUAUUACCUAAACCCGAACCAUACAACACAAUUUACCUCAGCGACUUUGGAAAGGGCAUUAUGUACCAGGUUGGUGCUGACGGCUCGUGUCAGAAGUCAAGUCUUGAACAAAACAUGACCAGACAAUGCAUCCUAUCUGGUGGAACGGAAGUGGUGCAUGGAUUUCUGGCAGGCGCUAAUACCAAUGUAGCAAACUAUAUGUUUGAUGUCGAAGGAUCGAUUCCAUUAAAAAUCACAGCAUCUGUCAUCAGGGACGGCAACGAUUGUUGGCCUGUGCGUGCCAAUUUUAUACCCGAAGCUGGUAUAGCAAGCAGAGAUGGACAAAGUGGUAUUAUGUACAACUUUGACUUGCUGGACACGUCACGAGGUAUUCGGAAUCCGUCUAUUUUCAAACCUCCACCCCAAUGUAACGGAAUUCCAUUUACAAAGAAAUAUACCCAUAAAAUCGAUCCUUUUCGAUUCAUUUUACAUCAAUUUGGAUUACAUUAGUAAAGGCAAGCAGCAUGAAUGUGUACCGCAAGAUCUUCUUGUACAUUUAAUGUAAAUUAAACAUUAUGUAAUUUAAUUUACUUGUUUUGAAUGCUAUUGGACAUAAUUUAGUAAUAAAAUGUUCCCCAAUGUUAUGGUC